GAUGAAGUGACCGGGGAUGAAAUGACCGGGGAUGAAGUGACCGGGGAUGAAGUGACCGGGGAUGAAGUGACCGGGAACCCAAUAGAUAUACAUGUUUCAAGUUACAUGAAGUUAUUUCCUUUUUCCAGUGUAUAUUUAUUUAUGUCUAUGUUCCUUUCACAGUAAUAGUGAUGCAAUGAUGAUACACCGAUAUUAAAUACAUAUUUUUUUGUGUAUCUUAACUAAAGGCAUUGCGGAGCUAUCGUAUUAUAUAAAGAGGACCAAGUAUUUUUGUGUAGUGAACAGAUUGGGAAGGUCAUCAGUUCGUGAACUUGUAGAAAUAUGCACACAUAACUUGCCCGACUCGGCCAGAGUUGCGUUUACUGAGUGCCUAAAGGCAGCACGGAAAACCAACUCCUAGAUACCCCCUCCCCCCCCCCCAUUGGUCCACAAAUGAGAUUGGACCAAAGUGCUCUGAGCAUGCUAUAAGCAUGAAAGUAGCGCUAUAUAAAAGCUAUAAUAAUGAUUAAAAAAAAUACCAAGGUAUAAUAUUUAUCUAAGAAGAACCGAGGAUACCCACCUUUAAAUCUCUCUCUCUCUCUCUCAAAGUUUGACAGCAAUGAUUGUAUUCAUGUAAAUGCGUUUACAAAUACAUACACGAAUGUAACAUGGCAAUGUUCAGUUCUUGUUCAAUGCUGACGUCAUUCCUGGUCACGUGUUUGACAAUUGUCGCUGCCAAGGCUGGUUGUAAUUUGACUGUUUUAGACUACCAAACCAAACAUUAUAAGACAUUGCCAAUGAUUACGAGAGACACGACAUCUUUCUUCACUGAGUACUCCGUGUCUUUUAGUAAGACCAAUGACUCCAAGACAACUAUUGGAAGUAAAGAGAUGGUUACCAGCAGAUUUCAGCCAAGAAGGUGGUUCAACGUCCACACUAACGCCACGAUGGAGCUGCAGCUUAUGUACGACAGCUACUUUGACAUUCUGAAGUGGCUCUUUAUCUUCGAGGUGCACCACGUGAUCUUGGACGCGACACCAGCGGACUGCCUGGACCAUCUGGAGGACGAGGUGAAGGAAAACAUGACACGCAAUUUUAUUCUUCAAGAAUUUCAACUGCCAAACUUUGAGCUCUGUUCAGCUCACAUUGGAGAGCAUGAUGGGGAAGGCAAAGUGGUAUUUAGGUGCUGUAAGAUGUCCGCCAAAAAUGAAGCCAAUUGCCACUUGAUAGAGGAAGGUGACUUGCUGUUCAAGCUUCACAUUUUCUCUGUUAUUGUUGCGUUGUUUGUCUUGAUCGUGAUUACUAUCUGCAUUUUUAGAAUUGACUUCGGGUAUGAAAAGUUUCAAUUCAGACCUGACGGUUUAAAACUGCAGCGAUUGAAUGAUAGAAACUCUCAGAACAGCUCUUCAUCUAGCGAUACUAGCAAUACUAAACCGUUGAUAAUACCACGAGAUGUCUUUAACCGAAUGACCGAAUUAAAGAAAUGUGUACCAGACGAAAUACUAAGCGUUGAAACGAUCUUGUUGCUGGUGAAUAAGAAGAGAUGCAUUACAGAAGGGGAGACUAGCAUCUCCUUUAUACGGAGUAUAGCUGAGAGUCUGCUUUACGCCAAGUCAGCCAUUAAAAAAACAUUUGAAAAGAUGAACGGUUGUUGCAGCCGAUGUGGCUACUGCUGCUGCAGUUAUUUUGGUUGCAUGACGUGCGAGCGGGGACUGAUCAUCGUCUUCUUACUUCUGCUCUAUCUACCCAGCGUCCCUCUCUUAUACCUGCGUUUUGACGCUUACGCUGACUAUAAACUUCUAUGUUCGGAAUACAAGGCACGCGAUUUAAGUUGCCCUUUUUACUUGAUAGGCGACGACUACAUCAUGGGCGUUAUUAUAUUGUCUGCAGUUUUCUAUGUCUUAGGAUGCAUAGGCCUCGUGGUGUCUGCAUGCAAGCCCGUUUGGAGUUGCAAAAGGCACAGGAUGAUGAGGAAAAUCCUGAAUGUCUUUAUCGCUUGUUGCCUCUUUUUCACAUGGGGACUCGGACUUCACUUCGUAAUAUAUUCGAUAGUCAGGGCCAUUGCAACCUCUUCCAUCACCAAAAACACUUUCGAUGAUGUUUCACCAAUGAUUCUCCCGCUGCUGUUCUACAUGAAGGACAGAAUACAGAACGUGUCCAAGAGAUACGUUCUUUUAGUCAAGUCUGUUCUGAAAGUUAUUUAUCCUCAGACACUGGAAGUAACUCACGGGCUUGAUCUUGACCAGAACAUAGAGACUAGCCCAAGCCAAACCAUUCAUGGAAGAGAAAAUGAAAGUCUGCAAAGUGUCAGCUCUGGACCCGCAGCAAACAAUAAUCAAAGCGAACUAUCCACACAAGAAAAUGAACAGAACUCAACAAAAAUUGAUAAACCCUUACAUUUGGCAGUUACUAUCAAUGAUGGGCCGUCUACACAAGGUCAAUUCAAAGUGAUAGUGAGUUUUGAGAAAUUACGCUUGGUAGUGUCCCAACCAAUGGUAUUUACACGAGACAAGGGUGACCUACUUUUGAGCAAGAAAUUUAUCUUGAGACUUUUCAACCGAACUAUCAAAGGUUUCUUUAGUCCGUACGCUAAGGUUUUCCUAUUGAGCUCUGUCUCUUGUCUGGUGUUCAUACUUAUAUUUUAUCUCUUCGUCACCUACGGUACUGUGCACUCCUAUUCCAACGCUAUUGUCGGAAAUGUUGCCUUCUUUCUGACUUUCCUAAACAUCCUCAAGGAGCAGUUUUCUGAUUCUCCAGUUCAAGAUGUUCUACUUCCAGAUACAAGCUUCCUGAAUAACUUACAAGAACACGUGAAAUAUUAUCGAGAGACCUGGACUAUAAAAGACAUUACAUUGAAGAAAGUGGAUCAAACAAAGAUACAGUCCGAUGACGACAUACUUAUUCAAUUCAAAGUACAAGGUGAUGACGACAGAAGAUGUAUAUGCAGGACCAAUUUUGUGGAAGUCCUAAAACCAUUAAAAAAUAGACAUUCAAUUACAAUUCUGCCUCAAAACAACCUAAAAGCAGAGCCUGUCAAGAAUGAGCAUCGAGAAUCAACGAAAAUAUAAAGUGACGCUUAAUUCUCUCUCUGAAAUGGUCAGCAAUAAGAAUAAAUGACAUUCGUUUAAUUCGA